UACUAACAAUCUGCCUCCAUCACUAAGUAAUAAUUAUGGCUUGAUAUAUGAUUUAUGUUCUUCUACAAUACAGUGUUUAAUUACAAGUACAAAAGUCGAAUGCUACUCAAGUACCCGGAUGUCUCACAAGUGCGAUGUGCGCAGGCCGUUAUGAGUAUAUGACGUCAUGAAGCCCAUUAGGUGUCCAGUCGACGUCUGCGGCAUGUACGACCAUGUCUAUGUUUACGACUACUAACUAGCUCACUUGUAGUAGAGCGGAGCUCCGUUGUCAGAUAGUUAGCUGCCAGGCUAACUGGAGUCAUCCGUUAGCUGUGUGUCAUGUUGUAAUUUGACAUUCAGUUGCACAUUCAAUGUCACGGCGAUGCAUCCUAUCAGCGUGUCUAUUCCUUCUUUUCGCUCAGAAAACAACAACAUGGAGAGAGGAUACACGGUAUUUAGAAUCGACGUGCUGAUGAGUGGACGGCAACACACCGUGGAGAAACGCUACAGUGAAUUCCACGCCCUGCAUAAAAUGCUGAAGAAGAGCAUCAAGCCGCCUGAGAUCCCUUCCAAACAUGUCAGAAACUGGAUUCCCAAAGUACUGGAGCAGAGGAGACAUGGCCUGGAGCUCUACCUGCAGACUAUAAUUAUGGAGAAUGAGAUUCUUCCAAAGAUAUUCUUGGACUUCCUCAAUGUCCGCCAUUUUCCUUCUUUGCCCAAAACGGAAAGCUGCGGGUCUUUUGAUAUAGACUCCAUGGAAUCAAGCAAACUUUCCCAUCAGCCAGUCAUGGUGUUUCUGAAUGACCCCUACCUGCUGCCCGAUCAACACGAUGCGUUUUCAAAUGUUGUGAUCGAAGGCGUCAUACAUGGAGUUUUUUACACUGAGCUCCAGCCCAGGUAGAACCUUUUUAAUACACAAAGAUGCUGCACACUGUAGAGAAACUGAACCUCACUUACAUCACUAACAAACAUUUUUGCACAUUUAUCAGCAUAAGAUUUGAGGAAUUCAAAUCAAGUAAUGAAGUGAAUAAUAAUUCUAACAAUCAAUAGAAGGGGUAUUUAUUUGACGGCAGCUGUGAGAAGCAAGAAAGGGAAUGAAGCAUUCAAGGCCUCCUGGGACAAAAAACAAAUAAACUGCAGAGCUGGAUGACAGCCUGCAACCAGGGAGGUGCCACUCCCUUCAAAAUACCAGCGCCUGGGUCACACCAGUGAACACUAAUGUAGGGUUCAUUGGGUUCAUUUUGGACUCCUAAAGACUGACCUCACUUAUAUUUUUACUUGCAACUAUGAGAUGAUGUUGAUUUUUGUGCUUGUAUCACUUCAUAAUGGCCAGUAUGUGACACUAGUGCCAGUUAAUUAUUUAAAGGCAUGCAAAUAGAUGAUGAAGGGUGAUCACGUUGUGCAAUAUGAAAUCAAGCAUUUUUAAGCAGUAGAUGAUCUGUGAAUUAAUGUUACAUGUUGACAUCUCCAAUUUUAUACGGCGCCAUACCAGACCUCAUUAACAUCUGCGUGUUUUUACUGAAUUGUUGUGAUUUAACUACAAAGCCACUACUUCCCGGUAGAUUUGUUGUAUUGUUGUACUAAUCUAAUCAUGUGAAGAGUCUUCUUGUGCCGUAGAAUGGAUGAAAUAUUCAAAGUACUGACUGAAUCGUUUGAUUAAAAAAAAAUGGACAUCAAUGUUAUGAUAUCACAGGGUUUUUUUUUAUUAUAUUUAUUACAAAAGUGACUAGAAAGGCAGGUUUUACUCACAGUAUGAAGGUUUGCAUAGCUCACUGAUAGCAGGAAAAAAGCUGAGUAUUUCCUCCAAUAGUGGUCUCCCCUCUUAAUAGAUGCUUUGCUUCAUUAAAUUAAGGCCUCACAUUUUUUCUUCCUAAUUUCAUUUACAAAUAUCACUAUACACUUGAAAGUUUUGUCGCUGUAAGGUUAUCUUUAAUGCUUCCAAAUAAGUCUGGGAAAACUAUAGCGCAAUUUGAACAGUUUAAUGUACCAGGAAGAAUGAUACACAGGUGGAGGAGCAAGUCCGAGGCACUUCUGGUCAGGUGUCCUUUUACCUAGCUUAACCCACCCCCCCAGUGGUCUCUAUAUGUGACCUAGUGGUCUUAGCUGGUUGGAGCUGGUCGAUACUGAGUGUGAGCAAAAGGGUGCAAUAAGAUAAAGAUGAAGGCCAAGCAAGUGGAAAAAGUACAGCGAGUAGCCAAGUCUGCUCUGGUGACGCUAACAUGUGCCAAGAGAGGCUCAUAUGUAACUACAUCUAUAUCAUUACAAAAUUAAAAAUUCAUUUUGACCCAUUUUCAUUUUGACCCAUUCAUUUUGAGCCAUUUUAUAAUUUUAAUAUGUACUUUGUUAAAUGACAUAUUCCAUUCAGUAUUACGGUACAUUACCCAAAUAUUACUUAAUUGUGAAAAAAUUAAAACAUAUUACAUUUUAUUGUUAAAAUGCAUUUUGUACUUAUCAAUGCCCGGUGCUCUCAGCAGUUGAGAGAAAAAAGUGACUUAAGGCCACUAUUGGAGGAAAAAAAACAGUAAUUUUGGGCAUUUUUUAAAACUGCUAUUCAAUGUAAUAAUUUGCAAACAAGAGAAAUGCUAUAAUGAACAAUAUAUCAGUAUUACUCACUCAAAUCUGUACCUUUUUUGGGGGGAAAAAAAACCCAAACCCAUUAUUCUCGUAAAUGUACAACUUUAUUCUUGAAAUCUGAGAUUUUUUUUUCAGUGUGGCCCUAAUACUCCGUCGUACAUUUCAGUUAAAGUAAACAAUGCAAAACUUGCUGAUAUCGCUGUCAUUAUCUUAGCAGCACACACAACAAAAUACUGUCUUCAUAUUUUGGAAAUGAUCUUAAAUGGCAAACAGCUUAUAAAAAAUAUCCAUAUAGGCCUUCCCUCCGUGAUAGUAACAGUCCAGUAGUACCAACAGCAGUAACAUAUUUUUAGAGUUCUCCAUGACCGACUUCUUCUUUAAGCCGUGCGUCCAGUUUGGCCUCCGCCUCUGGUUCUUUCAUGUUGGCGAACGCCACUUCCUGCGUCAGUUGCUCCAGUGGAGGCAAACCCACGGCCAGGUUUCGCAUGGCGAUGGCAGUCAUCAAGAAUCUAAAAUAAGAGGAAGAAACGCUAAGAAAAGUGCAUAGAGCCGUCCCUCAUUUAUCACAGUUAAUUGGUUCCAGACCCGACUGCGAUAAUAAUUUCCACAAAGUAGGAUUCAAUAUUAAUAAAUGGAAUGUUUUCGGAGUUUGAGCAUAGAAAACCUGUUUGACUUUCUAAAUACGUUUUUUUAACCAUUUUUAGAGCCCUGUAGACAUGAAAUAACACUCCACAGUCACCCCAUAGAUGACUGAACUCCCACGCUAAAGCCCUGGCCUUACUCACCCUCGUCGUAUGCUGUAGUACUUCUUCACGGCAAAACGCUCUAGUCGCUCCAGCAUGCCGGCCUCCCGCCGCUUCUUCACCUCCUUGAUACGCCGCUGCCUCUUCAGGAAGAGCCUCACAAUGGGAUCGGUGGCGUUGACCUCCGACCCAACAUCGUUGUCUGCCGACAGGAGAGGCUGCAGCUCCGGUGGGAGAGGCUCUGUUUCUGUUGGGGUUAGACUUGCUUUGGUCAGUGUGUUUUUUCGUUUGUUGACCUUUUCUGCAAGCAGUGAAUUAAGAGCAUACACAGGAAGUUAGCCGACUCGCACUCAGUGUAGUAAAACUCCCGACGUCCCCAUAUACUUCAUUACUUGUUAUCUCAGUAAACUUUGAUGGUAGUGUGCCUAACUUCUUUUUACACUUGGGUGUCAGUUAAAAAUGUAAAAAACUGUAGAUGCAUAAUCACGUGUGAGGUGACAUCUUUUUACAUCUUUUUAAUUUGUCAUUAAAGUUGUUUUGUUUUUAUGUUUCCAUAUACAGUGGUUAACUUAUUUUUACACUUGUAUGACUGUUAUAAAUUCGACAACGCUACUUAAAAUAUUGCUUCGUAUAAUUAAUAAAGGUGGUGACGUUCCACUGUUGCUUAUUAUGCUUGUCAACAUAGUUGGAUUUCAUGUGCCCCCUAAGUGGGAUAGUCCCUACUUUCAGUGUCAGUCCUACGAUCGGAAGCUCGGAUCGGCCCGAGCUUCCCCCGUGACACUUGAAUGUAACUGAGUGUUUAGGAUGUCACCUGUGCCGUUGCGAAUGCGCUCCUGGAGGUCCAACAACUUGGUAAAGUUCUGCUGCAGCGCCGCUUCUGUGGUGUUAACGUAGAUGUACAUGUAGCAAGAUGGCUCCUCAGACACCGUGUACACUCUGUGGUAAGCUCCAGCAGGAACCUGCACACAUGGAGGUCAAUUAUUGUGUAUAUUGUGUUAUGAAAUAAAAGGUUAAUAUAAGGAUAUGCUUGUUUGCAGUUGUCACCUUUAUGUUCUCCCCAGCUUGAAGGGUGUAGUUUUUCUUCUCCUCCACGACCUCCACAUUGAUGCUACCCUGCAGCAAGUGGAUGCUGGUGUUGCCCAGGUCUUCACUCACAAAGUUCUCCAAGUGGAGUCCUGCAAGGACCCGUGCAAGUAAGCAACACCUGCGAGUAAGUACACACUGGACAAGAAGGUCUGAUCACCUGGGAAGUCUGCGAUAAAGACAAUCUCAGUCUGAUUGUCCAAAGUGCUCUCAAUCUCCUGGAACUUGGUCCUCCAGGGCGAGAGGUCCACCAGCAGAGGCAUCAGCCACGGGUUUGGUCGGAAAGGAGACCAGUCAGCCUUCACGAUGUCAACUCGGGGGUCAAAGAUCCUUAGAGGAGGGCAGAGUGAGUGUCGAACAUACCUCCUACUAAACUUCCACAACAUGUUGUCCUACCUUUGCUGGAAGCGUUCAUUGAUGGACACCCAGAUGUCAAAAUAGAUUUCAGGAUCAGAGAUGUUGUAGCGAGGCAGCAGUUCACUGAGGCAGGUGGCGUACUGCUUCAGCAUGUCACCAUGGUCCUUCCAGCGCCGACUAUGUGUGAACACCUACCACACGACCACAAGGUUUUACCAUGUCCUGUAGAUCCACAGAUCAUCUACUUAUCUCACCCCUGGAUUGAGAUAUCCAACCUCCCCAGUUUGGCCGUCCUUGUAGGUGAUCUUAACAUGCUGGUGGCUGCGUGAGUGUACCAUCAUGUCCCAUGAAUAGCCGUACAAGCCGUUGGUCCAAUUGUUAUAACCCUGGCAGACCAAAGCAAACGACCAUGACACCGUGCUACAGUGUGAGACCAUGAUUACGCAACUCUAGAGUGGUGAUAAGGCUUUGUUUGCAGUUAAAGGUCCAAAUACUCCACAAGCAUGAUGUACCUGAGUGAUGAAGUGGGAGUAUGGCAGGAAGAACUGCUCAAGCAUGUAGACUACAGUAAAGAUGGCCGCCAGCUUGUGUUUGAAUUUGAGCUUUGAAGAUUUGGUGGCAGUCUGCUGGCGUUCAGCACGACCACCGCCGGUCUCCUGGUAAACGCAGGACGAGCUAGGCUGGGGGUUAGCUGUCGUGAGCGGGAGGAUACCCCUGAGGAACGCCGGGAAGCAGCCGAAAAACCACCUGGGCCAGUCGGUGUAGCAGAAGAGUGGACUGGUGGCCAGCAUGGCGUAGGGGAACAUGCCUAGAGGGGAGGGUCAGCUUGAAGGUCAGACCACUGUAUGAAUGACACCAUGGAGGGCAAACUCACCAAUGCUGAAGAGCUGAGAGUUCAUGCAGUGGAAGUAGCUGACGAAGACAAACGCAUAAGGUCGCGUGGCGUCAAAAAAGAGUAGGAAGCCAGCACUUAGGUCCAGAAUGAGACCACCGCCAUGGACCACUAGCAGACUCACUAACUCCACGGGAAGAAUCACCCUGAAACACCAUGACUUAAACUGAGUGUGGACUUUUGGGGGACACGAGUUUGCUUUGCAGUGAUACCUGAAAGGAUCAAACAGCCAAUGAUUCGCCAAGUAGGACAUGGAGUACCCCCCCACCCAAUCAGCAUCCAGCUUCUUGACUCCAGCGAUGAAGUAGACAAUAAAUAUCUAGAAGAGACACCUCAAUUAGCUUUAAAAAAUCACCUAUGUCAACUUGAAGGGGAAGAAUGCUUCAACCUGCGUCCUCAACAAGGUAUAGUUCCACAGCGGCACAUGGGCGUUUCUUAUGGCGGGUCUUCUUAAGCCGUCCAUCGACCUAAAAAGAAGCAGCGUCCAAAUAAUUGCUUCUAUGUGGAAAGAAGUAGGACAAAUGCAGUCCACUCACCAGUAUCUGUUUGCGUCCAUGAGCGUCAGCUGAAAUCCGAUGAGGCCGUAGAGGUAUGAGUGGUUAUUCCACGCCGUUUUGUCCAGGAAGAAGAUGUACCAGUAUGUGGAUGUGAACAUCAGGCAGGAGAGGCGGUAGAAGCAGCCUAGCAUGAUGCCCAAUGCGCC